GAAGCCUACGUAACAUUCCUAUCUUCAGGUCCUGAUCCAGAAUAUUUCACUUCUGUCCGUUUACAACUUUUCGCCAUCAAACAUGAUCCCCUGACCUUGGAUCCAAUCCCAAGAGAUGUCGUAAUACUCACUUAUCCAUCCGUACCGAAACAUCAACGUGAACAAUUAUCUAAUGAAGGUGCGAUCAUAAUCCCAGUUGAAGAAAUAACUUCGAUUCCUAAUCCAUGGAAAGAUACAGAUGAUCAUUGGAGAGAUGUUUUAGGUAAAUUAUACGUUUUCAAUAUGACUCAAUAUUCUAGAGUUAUGAUGUUGGAUGGUGAUAUGUUUUUACAUAAAUCUCUCUCUGGGAUUUGGCAAGAUGAACAUUCUUGGCCUAAAUCAGGUUUAGCAGCUUGUGGUGAUGGUUUUGCAGGACAUGAGAUUCCUCAGAGGAAUGAUCCACCUUUUAAUAGUGGGUUCAUGAUGGUUGUACCGGAUGAAAAUACUUUUAAAGAGUUGUUGGAAUUUAGAGAUUAUGAUCAUUCUUGGAUGGAUCAGGCAAUGUUGAAUUCUUAUUUCGAUCAAAAUGGUCUUCAUCCAUGGGAACCUCUUGAUCAUAAAUGGGUAUGUAACGCUCCCACUAUGGCAGAUAUAGAAUUUGGUAUUGCCGUAUUACACGAAAAACUAUGGAGUUUGAAAUACAGACAUGAUAACCCACCUGAAUUGAUGGAAAUGUGGCAAAGACGUGUUGGACGUAUGGAAGGAUAUUGG